GCCCCGGGAGGCCCCGGCAGCGGGACGAGGCCGCGGCGGCGGCUCGGCGGGGCCGGGCCAUGGAGAGCCCCGGCGGCAGCGGCUCCCUGCGCGGCGACAUCAGUUUCUGGGCCGACCGGACGCCGGUGCACGAGGCCGCCCGCAGAGGGGAGGUGGUGCAGCUGCAGCGGCUGAUCGAGAGCGGCGCCUGCGUCAACGCCGUCACCUACGACUCCAUCACACCCCUGCACGAGGCCAGCCUCCGGGGACAGGCCCAGUGCGUCAAGCUGCUGCUGGAUGCGGGGGCCCAGGUGGACGCGCGGAACAUCGACGGCAGCACGCCGCUGUGCGACGCCUGCGCCUCGGGCAGCAUCGAGUGCGUGCGGGUGCUGCUGUCGCACGGCGCCAAGGUCAACCCGCCGCUGUACACGGCCUCGCCGCUGCACGAGGCCUGCAUGAACGGCAGCCCGGAGUGCGUGCAGCUCCUGAUCGAGGUGGGUGCCAACCUGGAGGCCCACGACUGCCACUUCGGGACCCCCCUGCACGUGGCCUGUGCCCGGGAGCACCUGGACUGUGCCAAGCUGCUCCUCCAGGCAGGAGCCAACGUGAACGCUGCCAAGCUGCACGAGACGGCGCUGCACCACGCGGCCAAGGUCAGGAACGUGGACCUGGUGGAGCUGCUGGUGGAGUUCGGUGGGAACAUCUACGCCCGGGACAACCGGGGCAAGAAACCCUCGGAUUACACCUGGAGCAGCAGCCCCACGGCCAAGUGCUUCGAGUUCUAUGAGAAGACGCCGCUGAGCCUGGCGCAGCUGUGCCGGGUCACCGUCCGCCGAGCCGCCGGCCAGCGGGGCCUGGACAAGAUCUCCAAGCUGCAGAUCCCGCCCCGGCUCAUCCAGUACCUCUCCUACAACUGACAGAGCCAGGAAAAUCCCUGGAAUCCCUGGGAAAAACCCCACAGGAUCGGAGGAUUUCUCCUUCUCUUCUACCUCCCCCACAAAACCCCGUUUUAAUUUAAUUUCAGGCGCUGCUGUAAAUAGGAUUUGUCGGGAAUGCCUCUUUCCCGUGAGAUUUCUUGGAACUUCCCAGGUGGAAUUUUAGCCUCUCCCGGGUGGGAUUCCCUGAUUUUCCUGGAUUUCCUCUGUGGGAUCCAGCCAGGGGGGAGAGAAAUGGGAUAACUGUGGAGUGGCCAGCUGAGAAUUCUGUGCUCUGGAGCAGCUCUGAUCCCAUUUUGAUCCCAUUUUUCCCUGCACAGACCCCUCUGAUCCCAUUUUGAUCC